AUGGCAACCGAAGUGGUGCAUGCCCCGAACAAAACCUGGGAAUUAAGUCCCUACGAGCUGCACAGGACUCCACAGGAAGCCAUCACCGACAGCACAGUUAUUGCUGUAUCCCCAAGAAGCUUGCAUAGCGAGCUAAUGUGCCCAAUAUGUCUAGAUAUGUUGAAGAACACAAUGACUACAAAAGAAUGUUUACAUCGUUUUUGCCAGGAUUGUAUUAUCACUGCUCUUCGCAGCGGCAACAAGGAAUGUCCAACGUGCCGAAAAAAACUUGUUUCUAAAAGGUCAUUAAGACCAGAUCCCAAUUUUGAUGCGCUGAUCAGCAAGGUUUAUCCCAGUAGGGACGAGUAUGAUGCUCUCCAAGAACGAGUGCUUGCCAAACUUAACAAAAGUCACAGUAAUGCAGCUCUGUCAAACAGCAUCCAAGAGGGAAUUAGACUUCAGUCCAUAAACCGACCACAGCGCGUGCGGAAACAUGCCUCUAUGGAUGGUGAUACGCCACGGCCCGAUAAUCUGGAUUUACUUGAUGGGGAAACAUCAAAUGAGACCACUCCAAGAAAGAGACAGAAAACCUAUUCCGACGAUUCCAGUGGGGAGAACUCAGUUGGUGAAGGUGUGUCAGAGCCUCCAUUAGAACCCCCUGAGAUUCCUGUCAGAGACAUUGAACUGGUGUUCAAACCCCACCCACAGGAAGCAGAUGGAGAUGGCACAUUACAAACACGAUAUAUCAAAACUACAGCAAAUGCAUCAGUUGAACAUUUGUCCAAAUACCUGGCAAUUCGCUUGAAACUGGAUGCUCAUAAAACGGAAAACGGAGGAAGUCCUGCCGACGAGAAGAAAUAUGCCAUCUAUAUAGCCACGGCACCUGGCUCCUACGCUAUGCUGAAUGGACUGAUGACUCUAGAGCAAGUGAAUGAGAAAUUUUGGCGGAUCAAUCGGCCCCUGGAGAUGUACUAUUUACAAAUGAAGAAGGAGAAUGGGGUGGCAGUCACCAGCAGCCGAAAAGACUCUGAGAAAAAUUGAUUGUUUUUGCUAACAGGCAACAUGUACCCUGUUUCAGACCAUGUUAUCCCUUAUGUUUUUGGCCUAUAACAUCACGAUUGGUUACAAACAGGAGAUGAUCUACAUGUGAUCAUUUGGGUUGAUGUGAGCAAAUAAAGAGGAAGUGCUGAUUAUUUGAAAAUAGUGUAAAUUAGAGCCCUGCUCCGCAAGAUCAGUAUUAUCCUAUUGCCAUGGCCAAAUCAUCUCUACUUCCAGAUGUAAUCUUUUUACUGACAGUAAAAUUCAAAAAGGUACAAGACAUUAUCAUAGAUUACUUGUCUGUAACCUUUUUGUGGGAGUGGUGGUUGCAAACCGAAGAUUUACAAAGCAGUCUCCAGUUUAAUGUGUAUAGUCAUCUAUAGUUGAUGUCCUUUCAAAAAGAGUAAGAGGUACUUUCAUCCACUUGUAUUUUAUUUGGAGAGUUUAUACUUGAAACACCUUUACACUAUUCAUGCCUGAUAUUAUUAUAUGUUCGAUAUAAAUUCAUUCCUAGAGGGGCGUGUCAGUUUUAGAUAAGGGUUAUUGAGGUACAUGUAUGAUGCUGAUUAGAUGGGAACUGUUUACCCCGAAACUGUGGCAUUUUGUAACAGUUUAACGGACAGUGUCCAGGAUAUUGCAUUUGUGGCCAAUGACCGUUACCACACUAAUAUGGUCAUGGGUUAUAAAACUCUGACACCUUUAUGACAGCAUGAUCUCAGAACCAGUUUCAGAGGAAUGCUCUUUACCUGUUGUGUGAAUAUAGUCUGUGUUGUCUUUGUUGUCAUUAUAUCCAAACUGUGGACAGUGGAAAAUUACAGGUGCCAGGUGUGUAACUUUUAUAGUUGUGAUGUGAGCUAUAUACUGGAUUGUUGUAUACUGGAUAAAGAUAUUCAAGACGGUGUGCACAGUCCUUGGAACUCCUUGAAAGUGCUUGAAAAAUACAAUUUCAUUUUCAAGUACUUGAAAGUCCUUCAAAAAGACGAAUACUCUUGGAAACUCCUUGAAAAUCCUAGUUUGUCCCGAACUUAAAUAUCGUCUGCUGACCGCCCAGUCUGUCUAUCAGGAGCUCGCUGAUAAUUCUCCCAUAAUCAGGGCUUCCGCACAAUUUUUUGAAAUGGCAGUAAAAUUUGAAAAAAUGUGAAUGUUUUUGGCAACAAAUUUAUUUACAUAAGAAAAAAUAUAAACAUCAUACAAAAUCUACCAUGAGAGUUUUCUGGGGUUUUUAGCAGAUUUUCACAAUUUUUCUUAUGAAAAUAAUCCACUUUCAUUUCCAACAGCCUCAUCUCGGCGAAAAAACAACACAGUUUUAUGGCAAUUACUUGACAGAAAUCUACAAAGAGAGGUUCAGCAUUGUUGCAAGUUGACUUACAUUAAAUAACGCUUGAAAUCAUUUUUGUUGGAUAACGAAUGAGAAUUUUGGGGGAUGCCUUUCAUUGCCAAUUGUCAAAAAAAAAAAAAAAAAAUUAUCGGUAUCAUGGGAAAUAAAUCAAGGUAGUUACACCUGUAAAUGAAGUUAUCUCCCAUGAAAAAUUUAAACUUUUCCACAUAAUAAAUUAUUUUUUUUUUUGGAUCCGAAGUAAAUCAAAUGUUUCAGAGUAUGUGCCAUUACAUAAAUGUGUAUGCCUUCUGUGUUAGUCCAAUGUACUGAUCAUAAUGUUACAUUUAAAUGAACUGAAUUUACAAAUUAAUUUUUUAACAAAUUUUUCUGAUAGAGGAAUUUACAUUUUACUAGGAUCCUAGAGAUAGCUUGAAAAAAGGAUUGAUUUUUUUUUUUCAGAAACAUGCUG